AUGUUUUGGCGCUUCGGCGGGUACGCGCAGCUCUCGUCGCUCGACAGCAUCCUCGACAAGCCUGACGUCACUGUCGAGGAGCUGCUGGACGAGUCGGAUCUUAUACAGGAACUCAAGCAGCAGAACUCGAAGCUGAUAGAAUACCUUCGCGAUGAAAAUGUCUUGGAGCGCCUGCUGCGCUACGUUAUAGCCGCAAGACCCAACCAACCACCCGAGGAAGACGCUGGAGGUGAGCCUGCGCACGAAGCGAGAAGUCCAAGCCGGACGGGCUUUUUCGGCAAAGUCAGGGCACGCUCGACAUCUACCACAAAGUCGGAUGCAGGCGAUAGUGAAGAGAGCAAGGAGGAGCGACAGCGCAUGAAGUACGCUUAUGUGUCGUGCGAGAUCCUGUCGUCUGAAGUAUGGUCCAUAUCUGAGGCCGUCCUCGAGAACCAGGACACUUUGCGACAGUUCUGGGCAUACAUCAAGCAGCCUGCACCCCUCGACCCUGUACAGGCUGGCUACUUCACCAAGGUCAACGAGUCGUUGCUCGAUCGCAAGAUGGAGGAAAUGCUCGACUUUUUCAAGUCGCUAGACAAUGUCGUGACAGACAUGUUGCAGCAUGUCGACUGCCCUGUCAUCAUGGACCUCUUGUUGAAGAUUAUCAGCCUUGAGAAGAGCGAGGGUGGACAAGGCAUAGUUGACUGGUUACAACAACAGAACCUCGUUCCUCGCUUGAUAUCAUUCCUCGCCCCCGAUCAAUCUACUUCUACCCAAACCUCGGCUGGCGACUUCCUCAAAGCCAUCAUCACUAUAUCCGCAAACGCCACCACACAAGAUCAAUCCGUCAUCGGGCCCAAUGAGCUUACGCGCCAGCUGGUCUCGGAACAAUGUCUGAAACAAUUGAUAGACUUCAUGCUACAGGGUGGCAACCCACUUACAGUUGGUGUGGGCAUCAUCAUCGAGGUCAUCAGAAAGAACAAUUCCGACUAUGACCUGGAGAAUCAAAUUGGGCCAGUUCCCAAAAACUCGGAUCCCAUCUACCUAGGAACGCUGCUUCGUCAAUUCGCGAACCAUAUCCCGCAGUUCAUGGAGCUGGUUAAUAGUUCGAGCCAGAUCGUGACACAGCGCGAUGGCAGCACUACCAAGAAAAAACGAGAACUCAAGACAGCCUUUGGCGAGAAGAUUGAGCCACUCGGAUUCGAUCGUUUCAAGACUUGCGAGUUGAUGGCCGAGUUGCUGCAUUGCAGUAACAUGGCGCUGCUCAACGAACGGGGAAGCGAGGCCGAAGUUAGAAGACGAGACGCUGAACGAGAACGUCUGAAAGCUGAUGGCAAAUUGACUUCGGCGAAUGCCGGUAAUCUGGGCGAUUUCUCUACCAGUGUCGACAGUCAGGGCUUUCAUCAUGCACGCGCUCCAUCUAUGGACUCUCCUGCUGAGAUAAAACCUCUGCAGGUACAGAACAGCUCGGAAGAUGACUUCGAAAAGGUUGUUGCGCCAGAAGUCGCCGCCGAGGACCCUAAAGACGCCGCAGCUGAGAAAGAGCAGAUUGGAGAGCCACUAGAGCCUUCGCCAAAGGUUGCACCGAGAGACGCACCACAGGAAGGGUCCUCUGCCAAGACCGCAGAUGACGAUGGCGAGUUUGUUGACGAGCCUCUGACACCGCCUAAAGACGCUGCGACGCCUGCUGAGACGCCUGCAUCUCCACCCAAGCCCGUAGAUGACGCUGAGUCACCUACAUCAACAGGACUAAGUGCCAAGGUUAAUGAUCUUGAACUCGACACCGACACCGUCAUGAAAGAUCGCCAAGAACCGACAGAGCCUGCAAAGACUGAGAAGCCCGAGGCUGAAGCCAAGACCCCGCCAUCUCUUUUAACCCAGCAGCUUAAUCAGACUUCGGAUCCUAACGUUGAGCAAUCCGGAAGUCUUUCACCUCAUCCAGAUGACAAGCCAGCGCCACUAUUUGCGGGUAAGAACCGCGAGAGCAAACCUGAAACAGCCAACAUCGACACUUCGCGCUUUACAGCACCAGUAGCGGCAUCAGAUCUCUCGGAGAUUACUCCUAUCGACGAGACUCAGAGCGUGCGUUCCGUUAUAUUUGGCAGUGCAGAAGAGACUGUAGGCUUCGAAAUCGAUAUUGACGGCACACCUGUUGUUGGCGAUUUAUUGAAGAUCACAUUUGUUGAGAACAAGGUUGUACCAACAAUACUGGAUUUCUUCUUCCGCUUCCCGUGGAACAACUUCCUGCAUAACGUCGUGUACGAUGUAGUUCAGCAAGUCUUCAACGGACAGAUGGACCGCGGAUACAACCGACAAUUAGCGAUUGAUCUUUUCGAUAAUGGAGGUAUUACCGAACGCAUCAUCAAAGGGCAGCAGGAGAGCGACAAAUCGCAUAAGGAAACGUCCAUGCGACUAGGAUACAUGGGCCAUCUUACCCUGAUCGCAGAAGAGGUGUUAAAGUUUACAGAACGACACACCGACGAGGUCCUGUCACAGAUGGUCCUAGAGAAGGUCCACGCUCAAGAGUGGGUAUACUACGUGGAACACAUAUUAGCUGAGACGAGAGAACGCGACAACGCCAUUCUCGGAGGCGUACGACCCGACAUGAGCGUCGGGCCUAGACAGGCUGUGCUCAACGCCGUCAACGCAGCGAACAACAACUUCGGAGGUGACAGUGGCGGGCUCUCCAAUGCAAGCCUUGCCAACAACGGCAACAUAGGCCUCGACAGCAUGGAGCUCACCAAUGCUGGUGAUACUGAGGGUGGUGGGUACACCUUCAGCGGAGGCUCCUUGCUUAGUGGCUUUACUAACUCGAGUGACGAAGAAGACGAAGACAUGGACGAUGUCGACACCGAGAGAGAGCGGGAACAACGACAGGGACCUGUCGACGACUCCGAACAACCUAGUGUUCCACCGCCGCUUCAAAUACCACCAUCGCGAGCCCGCCGCCAGUUUGCUCUUCGUCUCGCGCAACGCAAGGCUCAGCUUGAAUCAACGCGCGAAGCAGAAGAAGAUCCUGACGACCCUUCAGCCCCGAAAACCCAAGAGCAAGAAGAGCGUGAAGGUCAUCAGCGCUUCGCACGCAUGUUUGAAGGCAUCGAGGAUUCUUCCGAUGAUGACAGUUUGCACAGCAUCGAGGGCAUUGGAGACGACGAGGAAGGCAUUCUAGGCCGCAUUGAAGUUGAAGGUCAAGAGAUGGGAAGGAGGAGUCCACUGAAAGUGGCUAGUCCUGAGAAGGUGGGUAGUCCUGAGCUGGAGCGGCGAGGAAGUGGUGAGGAUGGCAAAGAUGAGGAACGGAGGGUUGUGGUCUAG